UUCAUUACACAGUCAGAUUAGUGAGAACAGCUGCUUCGUAUCGUACCCAGUGUUUGUACAGAUCCAAAACCAUGAUACACAGUUUGUUCAUCGUUAACAGUAGCGGCGAUGUGUUUCUGGAAAAACAUUGGCGCAGCGUCGUAUCACGCACCUGUGUGUCCUACUUUCUCGAUGUUCACCGGGAAUCGGCCAACAACGUUCCACCAGUGCUUUCCACCCCACAUCAUUACCUAGUGUCUAUUCAACGCAACGGAAUCUCACUUGUGGCCGCCUGUAAGCAAGAAUUCCCUCCACUUUUUGUCAUUGAAUUCCUCCAUCGAGUGGUGGACACGUUUGAGGACUAUUUUUCCGAAUGCAAUGAGAAUGUCAUCAAGGAAAACUAUGUGAUUGUGUACGAGCUACUGGACGAAAUGUUGGACAAUGGGUUCCCGCUUGCUACGGAGUGUAACAUACUGAAGGAGCUUAUCAAACCACCGAACAUUUUGCGUACGAUUGCCAACUCCGUUACGGGAAAAUCAAAUAUCAGCGGCACUCUUCCGUCGGGUCAACUGUCAGCCAUACCGUGGCGUCGGACAGGCGUCAAGUACACGAACAACGAGGCGUAUUUCGAUGUCGUUGAGGAGGUUGAUGCUAUUAUCGACAAGAAUGGCCAAACGAUCUUUGCCGAAAUUCAAGGCUAUAUUGAUUGCUGUAUAAAGCUCAGCGGAAUGCCCGAUCUGUCCCUUUCCUUCAUGAAUCCGCGUCUCUUCGAUGACGUUUCAUUCCAUCCGUGCGUCCGUUUCAAGCGUUGGGAAUCGGAACGUAUCCUGUCAUUCAUUCCGCCGGACGGUAAUUUUAGACUGAUGUCGUAUCAUGUCGGUUCCCAGAGUAUUGUAGCCAUUCCGAUCUACGUGCGGCACAAUCUUGUGUUGAAAUCGGGUGAACAAUCCCGACUGGACAUAACUGUUGGACCAAAAACCACAAUGGGACGGACAGUUGAAGCUGUAAAGUUGGAUAUCUGCAUGCCAAAAGCGGUAACAAACUGCUCGCUAGUAGUGAAUCAGGGCAAAUACACGUACGACACGGUGAAUAAAAUUCUCCACUGGGACAUCGGAAGAAUCGAUGCGGCCAAGCUGCCAAAUAUACGCGGAACGGUUUCCGUUGCAUCCACUAACUCCACACUCGAAACAACCAUCGACCGAGUACAUUUCACCAUCUCCCAGAUGGCUGUAUCCGGGCUGAAGGUGAACCGGCUGGACAUGUACGGCGAAAAGUACAAACCCUUCAAAGGUGUCAAAUACGUGACGAAGGCAGGAAAGUUCCAAAUUCGUAUGUAAGAA